CGGAGGUUCCGGCGGUGGUUCGAAUGGAUCAAACGGGGUGGCAAGAUGUUAAGUACGGAUCCGCGAGUAAAAAGACCAAUGAAUGCAUUCAUGGUAUGGUCACGUGGACAACGACGAAAAAUGGCACAGGAGAAUCCCAAAAUGCACAAUUCUGAAAUCAGUAAGAGAUUAGGUGCCGAGUGGAAACUUAUGACAGAAACUGAGAAGCGACCGUUUAUUGACGAAGCUAAACGUUUACGGGCUAUCCACAUGAAAGAACAUCCCGAUUACAAAUACAGGCCUCGACGAAAAACGAAGACUCUGAUGAAAAAGGACAAAUAUGGAUUACCAGGAAUGCCUAAUACACCGAUGCAACAAGUUGGACGUGAAGCCGCCAUGUAUCAACACAUAAACGGGUAUAUGCCUAAUGGUUACCCGAUGAUGUCCCAUGACCCCAACACAUAUCAACAGAUGGCAGGCUUAGCUGGACAUUACGGUUAUCAGAAUAUUCCUGCCCAGCCAGUUACAGGUGGACAAAUGACCGCUCCCUCAUAUAUGAACGGAACGUCCAGUUACACCAUGUCAAUGGCACAGAUGUCUCCCUACAUGGCCCCUGCUCAUGCUCAAUCUCAUCCCGCAGUUAAACGAGAAACGAACACACCAACACAUCCCGGGGCCCAGACCCAAUCGAGUAAAUAUCCACAACAAGGCGAUCUCAGAGAUAUGAUAAAUAUGUACCUCCCAACUCCAGGCGACACGAGUGAAGCCGCUCAACAGCAACGGCUACAUUUUCAGCAGAUGCAAGGACAAUAUGCCCACCAUCUCUCCCAGUCCUCCAGUGAGGGACCGGUUAAUAAUACCGUACCCCUAACACACAUGUAACAUUGGGAGACGUCCCGUAAAAAAACUUUAUUUUAAACAGAAUUCAUUACAAGUGCAUAAAAAAAACCUUUUUUUGAUGGAAACAGAUUAUGACGUGAGCUGUAAGUGAAACUAGCUCGAGCCAUUGAGAAUACGACAUUGUAGAAGCCGAGAGAGUGAGUUACUCGGGGAGUAUUACUCAAAUUUUUACGCCUGCCAUUUUUUCUCGAAUCCUCAUCGAUGUGUGUACAGUUUUUCUUUUCUUCUUUCGGUUAACCGGUUAGCCUCGAACUAUAAAUGGACCAAGAGUGUUAUACUGAAGAAAAGUGUACCGAUUUGUGUGUCAAAUGUGCUAUUAUAGAAAUGUACUAUUUCGUUUCACGUUAAUUUCUCUUGUCGGAAUAUUAUUCAAUUUAAUGAUAAUUAUUUGCAUAAUAUUCUGAUUUUGGACCAUUAGAUGAAUGGUGUAAGUGUGAUUUUUUUAAUUUUGUGUCGGGCUGUUCGAAUUAAAAAUAAUGGAAUAUAUACUAAAUAAAUGAAGAAAUCCAGUUUUAAGACAAGACAAUCAUGUGUUUAUAAAUUACAAUCCGGAAAAUAUUUCCGGAACGAAAUUACGCAUAAUGUAACAUUUUAUUACUAAGAAAUCCAUGACUUUAAAAUGAAGCAUAUCCAUAAUACUAUAACAAAAAUCAUUCCCGUAAGGUUUUACCGAAACGAAUUGAAGCAUAAUAUCAUUUUAAAUUAAAAUGAACGAAUUAUUAAACAUUAUCUCCAUGUUUUUAAGUUCACAUUCGUUCGUGUCAUAGUUUAUAGAUAUAUUUACAUUGAUAAGACAUAUCAUCAUUAUUAUUAUUAUUAUUGAGAAAUCCAUAAAUCGUUGUUAAUAGUUCUUAUUUUUUUUGAGAAACAUUUUGUACCGUUUAUUGUUAUAUAUUAUUAUAUGUCCCCCGAUUAAGAUGUAUAGAUUAUUUCAUUUAUUAUUUACUUUAUUGUACAGUAAACAUUUAUAAAGCGCCGAGUAGAAUAUUUUAAAAUAAUGUCGCCCGCCCACCCAGUAUCCUGUUUGAUCCCAUUUUAUUAUAGUGAUGGGCAGUGCUCAACGAAAUGCCACCUAAAUACUUAGUAAUUUCGUUUUUUUAUAUUUAAAAUUAAUAUUACUAAAACGAAUACGCCCUGAGCUAGUUAUAGAUAGAUAUAUGUGUAGAGGGAGAAUUUAUAUUUUUUUCUUGUUUUGGAAUUUAGAUCUUAUUUAUUUCGCAUAACAUUCCAUUUAAGUAUUUUCUUUUUACUUUUAUUCGCUUUUAUUUAUAUUUUUUUUACGGUAAUGAAACAAAAAACUCAGAAAGAUAUUUUAGAUAAAAUAUAGAAAUAUUUCGUUUCGUGUAAGUUGCAUUCUUAAAAUUUCAUUCCUUAUUUAAAUGUCUAAUGUGAAAUGCCAUGCCCCCAUUACCCUCUACCCACCACCUCCAUGUACAUAUCAUAAUAUUAAUUUUAUUUCGGCGGAAUCAUUUUUUUUUUUGAAAGAAAGAAAAAAUGAUAAUAAAAAAACCUAAUCUAAGGUGUAAAAAAAUUGAA